AUGCACUCGCCAGAUCCUGACCAGCGCUCGGAAUUUCGUCGGGCGAAACGAGCAGAGGAACGAAAAAACAAAAUGCGCUGCUUUGUUUGCCGUGCAUUCUCACAUGCAGCCAAAGACUGUCCACAUAAUGUUUCGGGGGACACGCAAGGUAAAGAUACUGUUGGCAUUUGCUUCCGAUGUGGAAGCACAGAACAUUCACUCGCGCAAUGCCGGCGUCCAAGAUCAGAGCAAGCUGAUGAGCUGCCAUUUGCCACUUGUUACAUUUGCUCAGAAAAGGGCCAUUUGGCAUCAAAGUGUCCUCAGAACAAGGGAAAGAGCGUUUAUCCUGAUGGAGGCGAAUGCAAGGUCUGUGGCUCUGUUGAGCAUCUUGCGAGAGAUUGUCCUCGGGAUCCCCGUCGCAUCACACAUGCUUCGCACGUUGAGGCUGGCGGUGUGGGUCUUCUAGACAACGUGUCCAGCGGUGGCGCAGAUGAAGAUGAGUUCCAUGUUGUUGCGCAGCAUCGUCUGAAUCAGCAGAAGGAUGCUCAGCGGGAAUGGAAGAAGCUGCAUACGUCAUCAUCAACACCAACUGGAGCCGCAUCCGCCAAAGUCGUUCGUUUCUAG